AUGAAGGGAGCUAUUUUCGCCGCCGCCUUGGUCGGCUCUGCCAUGGCUGACGGUGUUCACCGUCGCCAUGACGCUUUCCACCAGCGUCGUGAGGCUGCUUCCAGCAGCUGGGCCUCCGCCGUCACCUCGACCAUCCCUCUGAACCCCGGAGAGACUUGCGGCUGCGUCACCAAGGUCAUCACCUACUACGGUGACGCUACCCUGGUCCCUAUUGAGACCUCGACUCCCGUCCCCGAGUCUACCACCACUCUCACCAGCACUGUGCACUCGACCAGCACCAGCACUUUGACUGUUACCGUCUCGGCUUCUUCCGCCCCGGCCACCUCCAGCACUCCCGCCGUUGAGCUGCCCACUCCCGGUGUUAGCACUUUCCCCUCCACCGGUAUCUUCACCAUCCCGGCCACCACCAUCACUGUCCGCGACACCACCACCGUCUGCGGUGCCACCUCCACUGAUAUCCCCAGCGGUACCCACACCUACGGUGGUGUUACCACCAUUGUCUCGACUGCCACCACUGUCACCUGCCCCUACGCCACUGUCAAGCCUUCCGGCAGCACCGUGACCAGUGUCAUUGAGACCACCACCUACGUCUGCCCCUCCGCUGGUACCUACACCGUUGUGCCUCCUACCACCACCUCUGUGCCCACCAGCACCGUUCUGGUCUACCCUACUCCUCACACCGUUGUCCCCGGUACCUACACCCAGGAUGAGAGCGUUAUCACUGUGACCCGCACUGACUACACCUACGUCUGCCCUGCCCCUACUGAUGCUCUGGCUUCCACCACCGCUCCCGCUCCCGCUCCCACCACUGUUGUUGCUACCACCACCGCCGCUCCCGUUGUCACCACCAAGCCCACCAGCUCCAAGACCUCCGCCGUCAGCAAGCCCACUGGUGGUGUCCCCACCGAGCUCGGUGAGGGUCAGUGGGGUAUGACCUACUCUCCCUACACCGCUGAUGGUCAGUGCAAGACUAAGCAGGAGGUUCUCAAGGACCUUACUGUCAUCAAGAGCAAGGGCUUCAACCUCAUCCGUGUCUACUCCACCGACUGCAGUGGUAUCGAGUUCAUCGGUGACGCCUGCAAGGAGCUCAGCAUCAGCAUCAUCAUGGGUGUCUUCAUUGAUGGCUCCGGUACCGCCGGUGCCCAGGAGCAGGUCACCGAGAUCUCCAAGUGGGCCCAGUGGGACAUGGUCGAGCUGAUCGUUGUCGGUAACGAGGCCAUUCAGUCCGGUGCCGUCGAUGCCUCCACCCUGGCCGGCUUCAUCCAGUCCGCUUCCAGCAGCUUCAAGGCCGCCGGUUACACCGGUCUGAUCACCACCACCGAGCCCAUCAACGUCUGGCAGCAGCACGGCCCCGGCGCUCUCUGCGCCGCCGUCGACAUCGUCGGUGCCAACAUCCACCCCUUCUUCAACGCCGACGUCACCGCCGAGCAGGCCGGUGAGUUCACCAAGGGCGAGUUCGAGGAGCUCGAGAAGAUCUGUGGCGGAAAGGACGUCAUCAACCUCGAGACCGGCUGGCCCAACGCCGGUAACCCCAACGGUGCCGCUAUCCCCGGUCCCUCCCAGCAGGCUGCUGCCAUCAAGUCCAUCGCCAAGCACGUUGGCUCCAAGUCCAUCUUCUUCUCCUACUCCGAUGACACCUGGAAGAACCCCGGUGAGUUCAACGUCGAGCAGCACUGGGGAUGCUCUGGCGUCUUCUAA